GAGAGAGAGAAAGAAAGAGAGAGAAAGCAGUGUGUGUUUGUGCUGGCAGGCAGGCUGAAACUGAUCGUGGCAGUGGGCAGAGAUGUAGCAGCGUAGCUCACUGGGACUCCGUGGCCAGUCGUCUGUCACUUUCAACCUGGAAUAAUUUGUGGUAAAUGGCGAAGACUGGAUGUACAUGUCUGCGUCGUUGCACCGCCUGAGUGCGCCGCGUAAUGCGUCCGACCAGAGUGGCCUCUCGGUGGGAAUAUAUAUGCUUCGGGACGGUUUUGUUGGAGUAGCUCGCUGCUAGCUACUUUGAGCCUAUUCUGCGAGGAUGCUACGGUGGAUACGACAGCAGCUGGGCUUUGACCCUCCUCAUCAGAGUGACACCAGGACGGUUUAUGUAGCGAACCGUUUCCCGCAGCAUGGCCACUACGUACCACAACGCUUUGCUGACAACAGAAUCAUUUCAUCCAAGUACACAGUUUGGAAUUUUGUCCCCAAAAAUCUGUUCGAGCAGUUCAGAAGAAUAGCCAACUUCUAUUUUCUGAUCAUCUUCCUUGUACAGUUAAUGAUAGACACCCCAACUUCCCCAAUCACCAGUGGUCUGCCUCUCUUCUUUGUGAUUACAGUGACUGCCAUAAAACAGGGCUAUGAGGAUUGGCUGAGACACAAGGCAGACAAUGAGGUGAAUGGAGCUCCAGUCUUUGUGGUUCGCAGUGGAAGCCUGGUGCAGACAAGAUCAAAGAAUAUCAGGGUCGGCGACAUCGUUCGUGUGGCUAAAGAUGAAACGUUCCCAGCUGACCUGGCGUUGCUGUCGUCUGAUCGCGCAGAUGGCACAUGUCACAUCACCACAGCCAGCCUCGAUGGAGAGACCAACCUUAAGACCCAUUACUCUGUGGCAGAGACAUCCGUCUGUCAGUCAGUGUCCCAGCUGGAGGCUCUGCAGGCUGUGGUGGAGUGUCAACAACCAGAAGCUGACCUAUACAGAUUUGUUGGUCGUAUUACUGUGACUCAGCAUGGGGAGGAGAUAGUCAGGCCUCUGGGUCCAGAGAAUUUGCUUCUGCGUGGAGCCAGGUUAAAAAAUACCAAAGAGAUUUAUGGUGUGGCAGUUUACACAGGGAUGGAGUCAAAGAUGGCACUCAACUAUAAGUGCAAGUCCCAGAAACGCUCUGCAGUAGAGAAGUCGAUGAAUACCUUCCUAAUCAUCUACCUGGUCAUCUUGCUGUUCGAGGCCGUCCUCAGCACCAUCCUCAAAUAUGCCUGGCAGGCUGAGGAGAAAUGGAACGAACCGUUCUACAACCAAAAGACUGAGCAGGAAAGAAACAGCAGUCCGAUCUUAAAGUUCAUCUCAGACUUCCUGGCAUUUCUGGUCCUGUAUAACUUCAUCAUCCCCAUCUCGCUGUAUGUUACUGUGGAGAUGCAAAAGUUCCUGGGCUCCUUUUUCAUCGGCUGGGAUCUGGACCUUUACCACGAGGAAAGUGACCAGAAAGCUCAGGUCAACACCUCUGACCUGAAUGAAGAGUUAGGGCAGGUGGAGUAUGUGUUCACUGACAAGACCGGUACGCUAACAGAAAAUGAAAUGCAGUUCCGCGAAUGUUCAAUUAACGGAACCAAGUACCGGGAAGUUAAUGGCAAACUGGUUCCAGAGGGAAUGACAGACGAUUCACCAGAUGGUUCCACGCCUCGCCUGAUUGGCGAGGAAUUGCUCUUUCUUCAGGCGGUGUCAUUGUGUCACACGGUUCAGAUCAGCUACGACCAGCCCGACUGUCUGGUUGGUGGGGGGGACCCUUUCUCCCACGCCAACGGUUUCUCCUCCAAUCACAUGGAGUACUAUGCCUCAUCACCGGAUGAGAAGGCAUUAGUAGAGGCAACAAAGAGGAUUGGUGUGGCCUUCACUGGCAGCAAUGGAGAUGUAAUGGAAAUUAAAGCUUUUGGCAAGGCAGAAAAGUACAAACUGCUCCAUGUAUUAGAGUUUGAUGCUGAUCGCAGGAGGAUGAGCGUCAUACUGCAGACUCCCUCAGGAGGCAAAGUGCUGUUCACUAAGGGGGCAGAGUCGGCCAUCUUGCCUUUCACUACCAGUGGUGAGAUUGAAAAGACGAGACUACACGUUGACGAGUUUGCCUUGAAAGGUUUGCGGACUCUAGUGGUAGCGUGUCGCCACUUUAGUCCGGAGGAGUACAUCGAUGUUGACAGGCGUCUGAACGCUGCCCGCACCGCGCUGCAGCAGAGGGAGGAGAGGCUGCAGGAAGCCUUCAGCUACAUCGAGAGAGACCUGCAGCUCCUGGGAGCAACUGGGGUGGAGGACAAACUUCAAGACAAGGUCCAGGAGACUAUUGAGGCUUUGCGGCUGGCAGGAAUCAAAGUGUGGGUGUUGACAGGAGACAAACACGAGACAGCGGUCAGUGUCAGUCUCUCCUGUGGCCACUUCCACAGAACCAUGAACAUCUUGGAGCUCCUGCAGCAGCGAUCCGACAACGAGUGUGCAGAGCAGCUGCGCAGACUGGCCAGAAGGAUAAAGGAGGACCAUGUCAUACAGCACGGGCUGGUUGUGGACGGGGCCAGUCUGUCUUUAGCGUUGAGGGAACACGAGAAGCUCUUCAUGGAAGUUUGUAAAAACUGCUCCGCUGUGCUUUGCUGCCGCAUGGCCCCGCUGCAAAAAGCUAAGGUGGUGCGUCUUUUGAAAACAUCUCCAGAGAAACCCAUCACCUUAGCUAUUGGAGAUGGAGCCAAUGAUGUCAGUAUGAUACAGGAAGCCCAUGUGGGCAUAGGUAUCAUGGGGAAGGAGGGUCGUCAGGCCGUGAGAAACAGUGACUAUGCAAUAGCCAGGUUUAAGUUCCUGUCUAAGCUACUGCUUGUCCACGGUCACUUCUACUACAUUCGAAUAGCUACGCUUGUACAGUACUUUUUCUACAAGAAUGUGUGUUUUAUCACACCCCAGUUUUUAUACCAGUUCUUCUGUUUGUUUUCACAACAAACUCUGUACGACAGUGUUUAUCUGACACUGUACAACAUCUGCUUCACCUCGCUGCCGAUCCUGGUGUACAGUUUGUUUGAGCAGCUGGUCCAUCCCCACAUACUGCAGAAUAAACCUGGCCUGUACAGGGACAUCAGUAAGAACUCUCUGCUGUCCUUCCGGACGUUCUUGUACUGGACACUGUUGGGAUUCUGCCACGCCUUCAUCUUCUUCUUUGGAUCCUACAUACUGAUGGGAGAGGACACCACGCUCAUGGGCAAUGGACAGAUCUUGCGAGCUAACAGGCAGCUGAUGUUUGGAAAUUGGACGUUUGGAACACUGGUCUUCACUGUUAUGGUCAUCACUGUGACGUUAAAGCUUGCGUUGGAGACUCAGUUUUGGACGUGGAUGAACCAUUUUGUGACGUGGGGUUCAAUUGCCUUCUAUUUCAUCUUCUCUCUCUUCUACGGAGGCAUCAUCUGGCCUUUCCUCCAUACCCAGGACAUGUACUUCGUCUUCGUGCAGCUGCUGUCCAGCGGUUCAGCCUGGUUUGCCAUCAUCAUCAUUGUCAUAACAUGCCUCUUUCCUGAUGUGGUGAAGAAGGUCUUCUACAGACACCUGCAGCCCACCAGUACACAGAAGAGUCAGUCUCUAUCAGCCCCCCAGGCGCAGACCCUCAGCUGUAUGGAGUCCCUGUGCUGCUACCAACAUGGGCAAAGCGGCUGUUCCCGCCUGGCCCACCUCCUGGAGCAAAUGACCGGACAGUGCAAGGCCAGCGCCAACAAUUGCCAUGCAUCUAGCAACAGGUGGGAAGGACCACGACAUCAAGAAAGUGUGAUUAUGAAUCCCGAUCAGCCAGAUCCAUCUCUGGGUGUCAUAAAUUUGGGCUACACCCCUGAGUGUAGUAGUCCAUAACGCGACAGCGACGCUACUGUAAGUCUUCCUCAGAUUCAUAGCAGCUUGUGGGAAGCCGGGUUUCAGAUGGGCAUAGACUGGUUUUUAAGGUGCGGCAUGAUCAGGACUUUGGGACAAAACCUUCGAAAGGUUAGAGGCUGCAGGUAUGUGGAUCGAGCCAUUGCGGACUUAUGAGUUUCUCAUUUCCACCAAAGUCGGUCUUGGGGGAAAGUCUGGUGUCUGAACACUCUGAUCGACCAGACAGAAGGUUGGGCUAUCAGAAAUAUAUCAGUGCAACCUGUAACCAAAACUGUAGAGACCUGAACUGAACACAGCGUCCAUGCCUUCUACGUAGCAUGCAGGCGUGGAUGUUUGGCAGCCAAGCCAGGGAAGAUUUGAUUUAUAGUAUUUUUAUUAAGCUCCUUCCAAUGCUUGAAUAUGUCUUGUCUGUGUAGCCCACGUGUCUAUGUCCUAAUCAUGUGCUAUGAUCUGUUGUUCUGUCUGUCUGUCUGUCCUGUCUGCCUCCUCUAAUCGCUUCUAUUACGCUCUCUUUAAAUCAAAAGCUCCAGCGGGAGAUUAGACGGUUCUUGAGGAAAACCGUCCGAUCUGUAAUGCACUUUAACAGACGACACCACCCACUAUGUCACUUAUUAGCUUUAACUCCUGCGCUGUCCAGCAGCUCCUCUCGGAGUGCUCGGGUUAGGCAGACAGUGAUUAGCCGGUGGAAUCGUAAUGUGGAUGUACUACACAUGAUUGAAGCGCUGUGAAAGCACUUCUUAAGUUGUGGCCGCUUGGCUUUCAGGCUGCACUCUGCAAUUUAGCAUUUUUGUGGGGCCUGAAAGAGGACGGGGUAACUGAGACGGGAGGCCUUCGGUGCACUGUAAUAAUGAAACAUGAUGUCAGUUUCCUGCUCUAAGCGAGCUCUUAGUUGCAGAUGGAACAUUCGUCUGUGCAGCAGGUCCAUCUUGUGAUAAAGGAUGAUAAAAACGUCAACAGUUAGUUUUUUUUUGUUGUUUUUUGUUUUUUGCCUGGUGCAGCUUUAAAGGCUGGUUAGCUGAGUUCACAGUUUGCCGGUCUGCCCAGUCUGCACUUUUCUGUGGUAUUGUGUCUUUUUACUGGAAUCCCAGUGUCUCUGUGGGGGUCAUUGAUUAAUUGACCUGAUUGGCCCUUUCUGCUGAGCAAUCAAUAAUCCUCAAAACAGCUUGGGACGUUCAGUAUUGAUCAGACACGUAAUGAAGAUGUAGCAUUCUUGUACUUGGACUCAUUUGCAGUGGAUCUCGCACACAUUUGAGCUGGGUUGUGUGUUUGUUUGUUCAUAACUGCAUGUGUGUCUGUAAAGGUCAUGACUCCAUGCAGGGCGAGUGGAGGAGGCUCUGCAGAGUCUGUGGUCAAGUAGAGGACUGCUCCAUCAGAGAUAGUUACAUCUCUAAAAUGUCUUCAUAGAGAUAUAGAAUUGCAAGUGGCUCUGGUGACAUUACAUUAUGUCAUGUGUUAAUGAAAGUAAUUAACAUCUUUGGAAUCUGAUAAUCAUUUAAAACUUAGAUUCAGCCGUUGAGAGCAGAAGUUGGGCCCCCUGCUUUAAUAUUUUCACCCUCCAUUAUAUCUCAGACCAUGAAAUGAUCCAUCUCCGUUAUCGUCAGGGUCAUUUCACUGGAGGAAACAAAGCCCUUCUGCUUCAGGGUAGAAAUUGCCACUAAAUGCAUGAUUCAAUUUAGAUGAAUUCCUUCCUGCCAGAGUGAUUGAUUUGUUUUCUGACCUUGGCACGAAGCAGCCAAUUGGAUUCUUCCGAGCGAGCGAACGGCAGCCAAAGGAUGGACAUAAACAAUUAACAUAGAUAAAAUGCUUAGCUUGGGGCGUGCUUUAUACUGUAAAUAGAAAAAUUACAGAAUUUGGGGCUGAAUAUGCAGGUUUCUUUUUUUAUCCUUCCUCCCACUCACCCAUCUUCUGUCCCUCCUCCUCCUCCUCCUCCUGUCGCUCCUUCACCUUCUGGGUUUGGGGGAAAAAGUUCUACGGACGAUUUAACAAGCAGCGAGACUCAGCCCGUGUUUGGCCUUAAUGCUAGGAUACUGCCAUAGGGGAAAGGGAAUAUAUAUCCACCCGUCCCUUUAUUGUAUGCGUAAUGCCUUAGGAGGGACAUAUAGCAAACGUAUUUACAACUUAUAUAAUACAUCGAGUAUUUAUCUGAUAUUUAUUGGAAGCCCAGCUGUAGUUGGCUGCUUGACUUGGCCUGUGUUUGCAGCACUGAAUGCCGGCCACAGCUGAAUCAUGAAUCACGACCAGGAGCAGGAACGGACACGGAUGUCAGGAGUCAAAGAGGUUUUUCCAGAAUAAACAAAAGCCGCGUGUCGUUGUCACAUCCAGGCAGCCGAGUCUCCAUCCAGAUGUUACUGCAGGUCUACAGAGCUUCACUCCUCGGAGACAGUUUAAAAACUCGAUUCCAGUUCGCUGGAAAAUCUUAAUCAAAACCCGAAACCAUCUGUUUGUCUUUUCUAACUUAAUGCGUUAUAAUUUGAAAAACAAAUGGAUGGAGAGUCGGCUGCUGUCUUGCUCCUCCCGCCUCGUCUCUUGCAGCAAGGGGACCACGCCCUAAACCGGGGAGGCUGCUGGGAAGUGUAGUCUCAGAGAGUUUCUGUUUUUUCUGCUACUUCCUGUAUCUACUAAUGUUUUUUCUACUGGAUCCUGAAGCCUUAUAUGUGCUUCUGAGAAGAGGCCAACAUUUAGGGCACGCUUGUUUUAUAACCCAGAGUUGUUCCAGUUGGGUGGCGUUUACCUUCUCCACUCCACUCGUCUACCAGAGGCUACAAAACAAGAAUGCCCGGACUCUGUCUUGUUGCAUGGGGGCUGCUGUUGCCUUUGGUAUUUUGUAUACAAUGUAAACUUGUAUGUAUUCGUGGCCCCUCACACGCUCCUUGUCUUUCCCCGUCCUCUCUGUAUCUUUGUCCUUCUGUGUCUGAAAUCUACAUAAUGUUGUUUCGGGAUUAAUUAUUCAUGUGCUGUUAAUGUCCCCUGUGUGCUCGAUCUUGUCAGAAAUCCGCCUGUUCUGUUCUUUUCGCGGGUUCGUGUUCCCACCGGCUUAUCCCCAAACUGUUUCGGAUGCUAAUGUCCUCUCGGUCCGUCGUUACCCGCGGAGGAGAGAUGUUUUUAAGCACUGAGAGGUUUUUCCGUUUGACCCCAGUCGUGGUCGACAGCCGAGCCAGUGAUGUGCCUCCAGUCAGUCGAGGCAACGUUUGAGUCACGAGCCUUUAUAAAGUCCCUGAGUGGCCCUGUUUUUUUUUUGUUUUUUUUUCUUCUGUUUACCAGGUCUUAAAACGGUUGUCUUCAUCUGAGAGAGAGGUGUGAAAAUUAAAAGGUCAUGUUGUCAAAUCAGUGUCAACGUGAGUGUAACCAUCCAGCACGCAGAGGCGGUGGAGACGUAAAGGGCUUCCCUCCUCGGCCGUGUGGAGAUUAGACGGAGACACUGUUUGAAUGUCGGGGACGUUCAGCCACGGUCUCUCUGUUAGCGCUGUCAGGUAGAAGCUCUGGUUCAGUUUGAGGUGGUUAAACGUUGGGUUCAAACUGUGGUAAGCUGCUACUUUCAUGAUGUGUCCAUGUUUGAUAAUCAGCUGUUUACGUUUCCAAAGGAGGUCCAGCAUCACUAAGCUAAUAACGAGGACUAAUUGGUUCAUAUCUCUAAAUAAAUACAUAGAAUAUAUCAUUUUAUAUCAUAUAUAUAUAUAUUUGGAGCAUCUAUUUUUCUAGUAAAGGAACAAAGGGUUUUCACGUUGAUAUUUCACGCGUAGCAAUAGUGACGGUUAUGCUGGAGUGGAUAAAUGAGUCAAGAAUGACGCUGAUGAUUGUUACUCAUACUUUUUUUCUCUUUAUUGUUAAUUAUUGUGUUGAGUUGCUCAAGUCUCACCUCAGACAGACGCACACGUUUCCUCCUGAUUUCACUCAGAGCUGCAGAAUUCUUUAAAAUAAACAGAUUAGCUUCAGUUUCCUUUAAUAUUUACUCUCAUGGUUUAACUUUCUUUAAACCUCAUUUUAUCAAACUUUUAUUGAGUUUUACCAGUUGGGGGAGUUUUAUUUUUAACCCUCAGACAACCUUAGGCGCAGUUUUGUCAGUUGUUGGCCAUCAUUUUAGCUGUGUUAGUGCAUAAAGUCUAUCUCUACACAAAUUUUGAAAUAAAAAAAUUCUAAUAUGUCAACAGAACACUGUGAAUAAAAUGUACCAGCCUCUUAUAACAUUUACUUACAAAAACAUCCACAUCCAAAAAACUCAACGGAUUAAUAUUUUUUCUUUUUUUUUUCAGCAUAAAGCUCUUAAACCACUUUAACACUUUACAAAACUACCAAAAAUUCAAUCAUUUUGAGAAUUUUAACCAUUUAAAUGCCAGUUUGUUUACUUGAAGUCGCUGUUGUUUUGGAUUAAAAGAACAUGAAAAUUUUGCUAUUUUCCAUAAAAGUAAUGUUGGGUGGCUGGGGAUUUUUUUUUUUUAUAUAAUGGAAUAAUGCAGUCAAGUCAGUAUUUUAGAUAAUCUUAGUCAUACCCAAGACUGAUUUGACAGAAAUGCCCCAGCCUCCCAAUAUUAGUUUUAUGGAAAAUAGCACAUUUUUCCAUGUUUCUUUUUUUUUU